GAAACCACGUGACUCAGCUCGCCACACCCCCUCACCCCCUCAACUCCUCCCACUCCGGGUGUCACGUGGUCGGAGCAAUCGGCCCGUGCGAGAGAUCGGAGGAGGAAGAUGGCGAUGGCGGGCGAGAGUUUGAUGCGGAUGGAGGAGGUAAAACAGCGGGCCGCGGCCGGCCGCCUGUGCCUCGUCAUCCACGGCAAGGUGUACGAUGUCAGCGACUUCGCCGCGGAGCACCCCGGCGGCGAGUCCGUGCUGCUGGAGAAGUCUGGGAAGGACGCGACGGAGGCGUUUGAGGACGCGGGUCACUCGGGGGACGCGCGCGACAUCAUGCAGCAGUACUACAUCGGCGAGCUUGAAACGGAAGGGUCAACGUCGGAAAGGCCGCAGGCGAAGAAAAUACCGGGGUGCUCCUCGCCGAGGUCCGCCAAAUGCUGCUGCUGGCUGUGGCUGGCGCCGGCGGUGGCGGUCGGGUUGGUGGUCGCCUGGCGCUACUACCGCAGGGCCUAGCGGGGGCCACGCGGGAGCCACGCGGGAGCCACGCGGGAACUUUCCAGCCAGCCCGGCCAGCCUGUACGAGGCCUCGGGAGCUCGGCAUUCCGUACGCUGAACCUUCACUCGCAGCCUAGCCCAGCCACUCGACACAAUGACUCAGAACUCGGCCCGCAACUAGCUACCAACAAAGCCCAGCUAUCCUCAACCAAGACUUGUCAUCAUCAUCAUCAUUCAUUACGCCGAUGUCGUGCCUCACACAAGCGUAAAAACAAGUGCCGGGAGCGGCAACCGAUGCAAAUCGAGAAGCACAAUUGAACGGAGGACUCGUGGACUCAGAUUCACAAUAAUUUUUCAAAAAAAAAAACCUUGAGUACCAACUCUGCACUACCAGCUCAGCCCUGCCACCCUGUUGUACCAGGACCUGACCCUACCAACUCAGCCCUGCCACCCCGCACCUAUCAGCACACAGACCUGACGCUCGGCCAGUCCCGCCGGCUAGCCUUCCCAGCUAAGGCGCGUGACCCACUCUGCACUACCGGCUCUAGCCCAGGGGUCGGCAAAACCUGCGGCUCUUGAGCAGCAUGCAGCCCUUUAGAGGAAGCGCUUCGUGUACGUUAUUUAUUGAGGACCACCACCAUCUCGUAUUGACCACGUGCAUUGCGCGGCUCUUGAGAGAUCGAUUUUAUUUUUACCGAAUAAAAAAAAAAUGUUAUUUCCAUUGCCGACCCCCGCGCUAGCCCGAGGACUCGUCACCAGACCCAGCGUGCUACCUGCUUAGCCCUGCCACGCUGCGCAAGGACUACAGCUACUCGGGUUGCCCCUUCAGCCGGCGCAGUACCGUCGGCAGAACAGGCUGCGGACUACCCGACAUCAACUGCGUGCCUGAGUACCCAGCUGUUUCCAGCCCCCCCCGUCUUCUCCCUCCAGAGGAGAGGCCGACGAGAAACAUGGAAACAUGUGCCCACCUCGCCCACCUCUCCCUGCAUUAGCCCUAGGGGCUCGCUCUCUCUCCCCUGCUUUGCCACGGUGGCUAGGAGAUGUUAACUAUCUCGCCCGGUGUGCAGGAGGUCGUGGGGUUCGAUCCAGACCCUGACGCCUGCUGCUGUAUAUUUGGAGUUUGCAUGUCUCUCAUCAUCAUCAUCACGGUGGCUAGGAGAUGUUAACUAUCUCGCCUGGUGUGCAGGAGGUCGUGGGGUUCGAUCCAGACCCUGACGCUUGCUGUGUAUUUCGAGGUGCGUUUCUCUCUCCCCGUGGUCGCUCGGAUUUUUUUUUUUCUCUCCGGAUCUUCCGGAUUUUUGUCCCCUCCACAUUCAGAAUCAACGUCGCACGUUCAGAGUAUUUGGCUGCGAUGAAUUUCCACGAUGAUGAUGAUAAGCCACUUUGGUGGAGCUGUAAAUUGUGGCCAGUUCAAUUCUGAAAGAGAGCUAUACAGCUCGGUGGGCCUUAGCCGGUAAAAUAAAAAUAGUUAUGAGUUUAGCUUUUUACACCGCUAGCCUGCCCACUGGCGAGCCCAAACAUUGGUUGCUGCGUCGGGUUUAUUGAGCCCAGGUACGGGCCGUUUGGCUCAGGGGUCAGAGACACUGAGCUGGCAUUCCCUGGGUUUGACGCCCGGUUUCAGCCGCCCUUUGUAUUAAAACCCAGAACGGCGUGCGUGUGCGCGCGCGCGUGUGUGUGUGCGUGAGAGUGGUCCUUGAUAGGUGCUCGCUAUAACAGCACUCGCUCCAAACAGUCUGUUCAGGCUAUACGGGGGGAUCUUUUGUCUUUGAAUGGCCUGCGGAAGCGGAUAUCAUAGAACAUCUUGUGAGAUCCCUUCAUAGUAACUUUUUAAAAAAUGAAUUGAAACACUAUGGGGGUGGGGGGGGGGGCAGGGCGGUACUUUCUUGCCUGCCCCUGCUGCAGAG